AUGCCAAGAGUUAGCAACGAGAAAGAAGGAAACAAAGAAGUCAUGUUUUUGUACAACAUAGCACUUUUCACUGUGAAUACACGUGUGAGGGCUCGGGGCGGGCGGGUUCUCGGACGGUGGCGACGGCGGCGGCUCCGCCAGGGACUGGCGGCGUCGGAGCGAGAUGGAGCCGUGACCGGUGACUGGAAAGAGAGCUGCUGGCAUGGAAGUGAGCUGGGUUUGCCGGUGGGAGCUGUGAGUAAGGUUGCCAUCACGAAAGCCAAAGUGGAUUUCUCCGGUGUGGUGUGCCUGCCCCCUUCCGUCAUUGCUGGAAAUGGGCUGGACGGAGGAGGGGCUGGCGAAAAUGAUGAUGAGCCGGUGCUGGUGUCACUUUCGGCGGCCCCCAGCCCUCAGAGCGAAGCUGUUGCCAAUGAGCUGCAGGAGCUCUCCUUGCAGCCCGAGCUGACCCUCAACCUCCAUCAUGGCCGAAACCCCAACCUUCCUCCUCUCAGUGAAAGGAAGAAUGUGCUGCAGUUGAAGCUCCAGCAGCGACGCACACGGGAGGAGCUGGUGAGCCAAGGGAUCAUGCCGCCUCUGAAAAGUCCAGCUGCAUUUCAUGAACAAAGAAGGAGUUUGGAGCGGGCCAGGACAGAGGACUAUCUGAAACGGAAGAUCCGGUCCCGGCCAGAGAGAUCAGAGCUGGUUAGGAUGCACAUUCUGGAAGAGACCUCAGCUGAACCCUCCUUGCAGGCAAAGCAGCUGAAGCUAAAGAGAGCCAGACUGGCAGAUGACCUCAAUGAGAAGAUAGCGCAGAGGCCAGGUCCCAUGGAGCUGGUAGAGAAGAACAUCUUGCCUGUGGAAUCGAGCCUGAAGGAAGCCAUUAUAGUUGGACAGGUGAACUACCCAAAGGUUGCAGACAAUUCCUCCUUUGAUGAGGACAGCAGUGAUGCCCUCUCCCCAGAGCAGCCAGCCAGCCAUGAGUCCCAGGGGUCUGUCCCAUCACCGAUGGACUCCCGGAUUUGUGAGCCUCUCCCUAGCACCACUGGCACGUCACUAGCUCAGGGUACAUCCCAAUUGCAGAUCAGCGCAGACUCCAGUGAAACACUUUUCCUACCCGAACAGCCACCCCCGCCUCUGCCACCUCCGCCUCUUCUGCCUCCCAGUCUUACCAAUGGAGCGGCUCUUACUGCUGCCAAGCCCCCACCAACGCUCAUCAAGCAAAGCCAGCCCAAGUCUGCUAGUGAAAAAUCUCAGCGCAGUAAAAAAGCCAAGGAGUUGAAGCCGAAAGUCAAGAAGCUUAAAUAUCAUCAGUAUAUUCCUCCGGACCAAAAGCAGGACAAGGGAGCUCCUCCCAUGGAUUCAUCCUAUGCCAAAAUACUGCAGCAGCAGCAGCUCUUUCUCCAGCUUCAGAUCCUCAGCCAGCAGCAGCAGCAGCACUACAACUAUCAGACCAUCCUGCCAGCUCCACCAAAGCCUCCCGGCGAGCAGCAGAGCGGUGCCAGUGCCCCUGCCGUGCGCAAUCUCUCUGCCACGGUCAGCAGCGCAGCCUCAGCAUCCUCAGGUUCCAGCGGGCUCAUGCGACAGAACAGUAACGCUGCAGUGGGCAAGCCUGGCCCUCUCCCUGCCAACCUAGAUGAGAUGAAGGUAGCAGAGCUGAAGCAAGAGCUGAAGUUGAGGGCCUUGCCUGUCUCGGGCACAAAGACGGGUCUGAUUGAGCGUCUCAGAGCUUAUCAAGAGCAGAAUGGUGCAGGCAGCCAAACAACCCCUGCUCCCAAGCCCAGCACAGCAGCUGUCAUCCCAAAAGCUGCCGAAGUGGUGGUAGCCUUCCCGGCUGCCAGGCUGAGCACGGGGCCAGCCCUGGUCACCACUGGCAUUGCACCAGCAGAAGUAGUCGUGGCCACAGUCACCGGUGGUGGCGUGAUGAAGUUUGGCAGCACAGGCUCGACUCCUCCUGUUUCUCCAACUCCUUCUGAGCGCUCACAAAUAAGCACAGGGGAUGAGAACUCGGCCACCGGAGACACCUUUGGAGAGAUGGUGACUUCACCCCUGACCCAGCUCACCUUGCAGGCGUCUCCAGUGCAGUUCCUGGUGAAGGAAGAAAGCUCCAAGUCUGCCUCCUGCAGCGUCAGUGCGGCGCCCAGGUCAGAGCGGUGCAGCACCGGUAACAGCAGAGAUGCAGAAGUUAGGGACAAAGACCAGAUGCUGCAGGAGAAGGACAAGCAGAUUGAGGAACUCACCCGCAUGCUGAAGCAGAAGCAGCAGCUGGUUGAGAUGCUCAGACUACAGCUGGAGCAGGAGAAGCGCUCUCAGCAGUCAUUACCGGCCCCAGCGGCUGCGGGAGAAGGAACAGCCCUUGUCUCCAACCCAGCAGCAUUUGGCACCCAGGUGAAGAGUGAAAACGGUUUCCUGAGUUGCCAGUUUGCAAAUCAAUCCAGUGGCCAAACAGACCAAUUCAGCCCUGCACCAACAGCUAGCCAAAUGGACACUCCGAACCCCAGCCCAGUGCCAAAGAAAGCCGUGAUGGUGAAGCAGGAGGUGCCAGCCGCGGAAGCAGAGCCGCCGUGCCAGUCCCACAGCCCGCGGCUUCUCCUUGGCCAGCAAGGGAGCGCCCUGAGCGACCUCAUCAAGGGCACCCCUCCCCCCACCCUCAUCACCGACUCCACAGGGACCCACAUCGUCCUCACCGUGACCAAGCAGAGCGCAGAGAGGCAGGGCCUCUCGCCCCAGGGGAAGGCAGGGAGCAGCUGCCCGGCCUUGCAGAGAGUACAAUCAUCGCCCGCUAAAACUUCCAGCCAACCGCCGUGUCAGCUACCGGCAAGCACCCCUCAGCAGCCCACGCCGCAGCAGCAGCAGCAGCAGCAGCCACCCAGAGGACUAAACCAGUCUGUCAGAAAGCCCUCAUCGCAGCCUGGCUCUCCUGCGGCCCCUUCCCCAUCCCAGAUGGACCUGGAGCAGCAACAGCACACGUCGCUUUUUGGAACUCCUCCACCUCCUCUCCCUGUUCCCUCGGUCCCAAUGAAAGAGCCACCAGGCUAUGAAGAGGCCGUGAAGCAACAGCCAAAGGCCCAGGAGAACGGCUGUUCCAGCCAGCAGAUGGAUGACCUGUUUGACAUUCUCAUCCAAAGUGGAGAGAUUUCUGCUGACUUCAAGGGUCAGUCGUCCCCACCUGGGAAAGACUCCCCCGUGGCCCCAGCCUGCUCCCCACCGCCCAGCAGCCACCAAUCCCCAGAGCUGGCGGUGCCCGUGUCCUUGGGGCAGCCGGUGCCCGUGGGCCGGCUGGAGGACUUCCUGGAGAGCAGCACCGGCCUCCCGCUGCUGACGGCGGGCCACGAUGGGCCGGAGCCCCUGUCCCUGAUCGAUGACCUCCACAGUGAGAUGCUGAGCAGCUCGGCCAUCCUGGACCACCCGCCUUCACCUAUGGACACCUCGGAAUUGCACUUUGCUCACGAGCCGUCCGGAGGCAUAGCCCUGGAUCUGGCCGAGGCUAACUUGGACAGCAUGGACUGGCUGGAGCUGCCGGGGGGGCCUGUCAUGAGCCUGGCUCCCCUCAGCACGGCGGCUCCCAGCCUCUUUUCCACAGACUUCCUUGAUGGACACGAUCUGCAGCUGCACUGGGAUUCUUGCUUGUAACUCUGUGAGCAGAGACUGAAGGGAACGGGGGGGCACGGGCAUGCGGGGGGAAGAGGCCAGUCAACCAAAAAAAGAAAAAAAAAAGGAAACAAGCUCCUAGCAUUUGUACUCCUCCCCCAAGAGUGUCCUUCCUGCCGAAGCCGGCAGCGGUGGCAAAGGCAGAUCUGCUGCUGGAGUGGACAGGCCAGGGCAGGGAGAAGGGCUGCUGGCAGGGGGGAGAAGAGGCUGCAGGAGCUCUGGGGCUGGUGGCCUCCUGCCCCCUCAGUGCGGCCUGACCCAGCUCGGGUGAAAGGAGCCGGCAGCCCCUCUUCCUCCUGGCAGGAGCAGUGAUGGCAGCGCAUGGGCACGGUGCUGCCGGGCCACAAGUUCCCUCACGCCUCGCAGCAGGACAGCAUGACUGGGUCUGAGCCAUUUCCAGAAGCUACACCCCACGUUUUGCCGGGAUUGGCAAAUAAAUGGGGUUGUGCUCCCCCCAGCACAUGUGGGUUAACGGUUACAGAAGGGGAUUCUACCUCCAGAGCAGGACACACUGGUGGGAGCCCUGGCUGGGGUCUGGAACAGCUGCUCCCUGCUGUCAGGGGAGGGUCUGCUCUGCUGGGCUGUGAGGAGCUGGGCAGAACAGGCACCUUUUCCAAGUGUAGCCAAAGGGAACCAGGGCUCCCCACCUACCUGGUAACGGCUAAGCUGGUUUCCCAAAUAUUGCUGAGCUUGGCAGAGGCCUGCCCGCUUGCUUCACUCGCUUUGGGCUGCAAAACAGAUUUUUUUAAGGUGCUAAAAUCCAGGUCCUUUUAUGUUAAAUCUGUCUUUCACUGCCCCAAACCUCUGGUUGGGCCUGGAGUCUGGCCUUGAGGCACAACCUCCUGUUUGUCCCAGCUUCCACAGCACUUGUAACACCGCCAGGUGAGGGGGCAGGCAGCCUUUUGGCCUCUCCUGGGGAGCACGUGAGGGGCACAGUAACGAGCAACAUAUCAUUAGGGGCCACAAGCAAUCUGUCCCCUGCCCUCGGCUGUGCUGUUGCCUUCCUGUAGCAGAUGCCCCAGUGGAAAGAAGCAGCUGGGGAUGGGAGACCCAACAGACACAGGAAGGGGAAGUGGCACUGCAAACCGGGCAUUGGGUGGCACAACACAGCUCCUGGCUCGGUGGUGCGACUGCAAGGGCCCUAUUCUGGGGAGAAGCGGGAGCCUGAAAGCAAGUAAUGGGCAGGUGACCUCUGCUCUGCUGCAGUGAAACCUCUGCUCUGCCUUCCCUCCAGCCCCACCAGCUAAAAGGCAAACGGCUGCUUGCUGUGAGCUGCUACCCUGUGCCCAGCUGCUGCCAGCAGGGCCCUGGGCUGGUGCCUCAGGGUAGGUGCUGACUGAGGAGGGGGCAGAUGGGCACCCCAAACCCCCAGAGCCAUGAAGAUGCUAGGCCUUCUGCAGGGUUUUGUGCAGGAAACCCAGGCCUGUGGCUCUGCCUCGUGCCCUUACUCCUGUCACUUUUAAAUCUCUGUGUUGGCAGUAACUCACCGCUGUACUUACCAGGUGAGCCAUAGCCCUGCUGUGCCCCACACAGCCACCCUUGCUUCAGCCAUAGGGUCCAGGCUGCUCGGGCUGAGGGAGGCAGUGGCUUUUGAAAUCAAACAGUCUUAAGGUGCUGACCCUGCUCAGGCAAAGGAAGGAUAAACUGGCAUCCUGUUAAUAGCUCCUUAAGGAUGCUGUUCCCCCUUUCCCCCAUGCUGGGCUGCAGUGCUACCUGCUGGGGAAGGGUGGGUGCAGGUGGGCACAUGCUGCUCCCCUGCCCCUUUAGUACCUGGUGCUCUUCUCAGGGGGAGGCCUUGCUGCAGGGGUGCAGGUACCUCUGGUCCAUGGCAGGGCAGGGGACUGCCAGCCCUGCAGGCCCUGCUAUCAGCCACUAGCCUGGCAGCCAAGUGGGGUCACGCCUGUUUUGCAGCUGGGAGAAACUCCUGCUUUCCUGAGCCCUAUUUGCUUGUUAACUGCAUGGGGAGCCACUUUCUUAAUCAUUUGCAGGGGGAGCCUGCUGGCAGCUUCCUUCCUCUCUCCCCGCCUUCCCAGUUGUAAGCAAGUCAGAGCCUCUUAUCUGCCUCUCUCAGUGUCCGGGUUAAAGGACAUCCCCUUUUCCUCCCCCACCCCCAGCUUUCUGUUGCCCAAGCUACACUAUCAUGUCCUAAAAAUCAGAGUAACUGGGACUGGUGGACACCCCCUUCACCUCCCUCAGCCCUCCCUCGCUUCCCUCCUGGUGCAGCCCUGCUCCAUUUUGGUGGUUGUGCUGGGUGCGCUGGGAGCAGUGAGCGUGUUAGCAAUCACUUGACAGAGCUCCCCUGGGGCAGCUGCCCAGCCAUGGGACCAGGUGGGCACAGGAGGCAAGUGGUUUCUUAGAAGAAAAAUAUGGGGGGGGGGGGAGGAUGCCCGUGUGUCAAGCAAAAUCAGCUGCUUUUAGCCCACAGCGAGCAGUAGCCCGCACCAAAACCAGCUGUGUGAUUACUUUUGUACAAAUAAUUACAAAGCUGCAACCAGUAAAUAAAGAAUGAAACUUAACUGAAGUGCAAUGAGCUCCUAGAGGAAGGUGGGAGCACUCCACCCCCAGUCCUGGCCUAACCAUGGUUCCUCGCACUGGGCCAGGCACCCCAGUUGGCAGAGAAAUGCCAAUGUCUGUUACUGAUUUAGCCCUUCCCCAGGGCUGCUGGUGAAAGGCUGAGCUCACAGCUGCUCCCUUUCACCUCUACCCACCCACCUUCAUUUGUGAAACUCUGUAGGAAUUUAAUUACAUUCAAUUUGCCCAAUGUACUUGAAAUUGGCUGAUGGGCUUAAGUGCCCUCAAGGAGCCCAAAUGAUACAGAACCAUGAGCCUCUCACCUCCUGCAGAACCCAGCUAAACCUGCCAGAGCCCCUCUGCACAGGGGGCUUGUGCCAGAGGAGCGAGACACCUGUGCCCAGGGGCAGAGGGGAAGAUGGUGCCUCAUCCCAGUGAAUAGGAGAAAGUCUCUUCCCCAAGCAGUGCCCAGAGCAGGCUUGCCCAGUUCUCUGCUUUCUUACUAUUAUUUGUUUGAAUAAUAGUUCAAUAGUUCUUUGUCAGAAGAGGUAUUCCCCUGGACAUACAUUUUUUUGCACCCGUUGGGAAAAACAAAGUCUGAUGUUCUGCCUCUACCUUGAAUGUACUCCUGAAUCUUUCUGCUGUAACCACUACUUGUUUGUAAGGUGUAUUUGACAAGCGCGCACUCUCCCUUCCACUAUGCAGCAAACGGCGAGGGGCGGUCACAGCACCGUCUAGAACGGAUGGUGUUGGGGCAUCGGAUCCAGAGCGAGUAUUCAACUGGAAAAGGAUAAAAGUGACAAGUUAACGGGGGAGAGAAUGGAUCUUUAAAUUGAAUUAUUUUUUCAGUUACAAAUAUUUGAAAAAAAAAAAAUCCAUUUUAUUAAAAAAAUUCCAAACAGC